GGCUUCAAGUACCGCCUUCACCAGUACUUAUUCUCCAGAGAGUCGCCCCAUUUCGCGAGCAUCUUCGCCCAUUGCGUGCCCUUCGAGCCUCUCGAUUUGGCUGACAAGAAAUCCUCCGAUUUCGACGCUUUCCUGUCUGUGCUGUACUCGACGUGCUAUCGCAUGCCUGAUAUCACCUCUGUCGAUGAAUGGUCGGCUGUUCUGCGCCUCGCCACCGAGUGGUCAUUCGACAGCAUCCGUAGCCUCGCCAUUGAACGUCUCGAGCCGAUCGCUAGCCCUGUCGAGAAGAUUGUCUUGAGCCAUUCACACAUGAUUCCCAGUUGGCUCUCGGCAGCAUACGUCUCGCUGUGUCAGCGUUCCCACCCACUUACGGCUGCGGAGAUCAGAGCUAUUGAGGCGGAAGACGUCGAGGUGGUGAUGUCAGUCCGGGAGACAAUGCUCCGUGCAGGG